AUGUGGCCCAUUGAGCUUUCCCAGUCCCCGACACGGAAUUUCCUUGGUGAGAUCCAUGGUGUCUCAGAGUCAAUUGACCACGAACAGUCUGGUUGGAGGAGGGGGCAAUAUGCCCCUCGGAGUAUCAUUCGGUCAGACCAUGUUACCCCAUUGUUAAUUUCCGUCGAGAAUCCUUUCCAUGUUCAUGACAUUCCCGGAGUAUUCACCGUGAUUGGGAGAGGCGGGGGCAACAAGAAGGUUCAGCAUCGAAGUGGCCAAAACUACCGGAGAGUCAAGGUCCGGAAAACUGUAGAGAGAGAACCUUCAACUUGCCACCACCAUUCGCAGAGCAAAAUUGAUCAGGUACCAGUUGAGGAACAAAAGGGUCAAAACCCAGAGAAAGACCACAACGGGGAAGACCCCUCUUCUUAUUAUGCCCGCUGGGAAGUGGAAUUCGUGAACGAACUCGUCCCCAGGCACGUUCCAAGCGCCACUAACAGCCAGACCAUGUGGAUGGCUGUGGAGGAUGGAGACGGCUUGGAGAUACGAAAUGUGUUAGUGUACCGGGGUCAAAAUACCCGAAGAGACAGCGAUGAGACCACGACACUGGACACUAGGCAACGGCUCGCACGCGGCGCGCUUUUAAUAUCGCUGGGUUUAUUCGAAAUGGGGCCAGAUGGAAUGAAUGUUCUUUCCACCACUGUCACCGUACGUGAACCUUGA